AUGGGAGGGCUGACCGCUGGACAGACCCGGGAAGCGAUAGAGGAGUACAAUGUAUUGAUCUUAAGGGUAAUGUCUGUCCCGAAGUCAGCGACCGGUCAGUCGUUCCGCAUAUCGGAAGGCGAUUGGAUUUGUGACGACCAGAACUGCCAGAACGUGAACUUCGCCCGAAGGAUGACCUGUAAUAUCUGUGGGAAAGACAAACCAUUGGAUUCGCGUCUUCGCGACAAAGAGGCGGACAAAGCGAGCGCUGAGAAGAAGCGCAAAGUCGGUCACGAGAUCGGGAAAGUGGCCGCAGAGAAGUCGAAGGGACUCUUCUCGGCCGACGACUGGCAGUGCGGACGGUGUGGUAACGUGAAUUGGGCGCGAAGACACACGUGUAACAUGUGUUCGGCGCCGAAGUUCAGUGACAAUGAGGAGCGGACAGGACUGGGAGGCGGUUAUAACGAGCGCGAAGAAGUGGAGUACGUCGAGAGGCAGGACAGCGAUGGCGAGUACGACGACUUCGGACGCAAGAGGAAGAAGACCCGUACCAGUGAUGACCGCAACCCUAUUAGUGAUGACAAAGAGACCGAUUCGAGUCAAUGCAAAAGUGAUGUCAACUCUUGCCAUAACAACCGCGAAGACGACGCGGAGGAUGAGGAGGAAGAGGACGACGACGACGACGAGAGCGGAGACGUCUCUAAAUAUAAACUCGAGUCCGAAGAGGAGGACGAAGAAGACGAUGACGACGACGACGAAGACCUCUCUAAAUAUGAUUUGAGUGAUUGUCUCGAAGACAAGAAGUGA